GUAGCCAAUUGGACUCGAAAUUGAAGCGCCUCCCGACUCUGCAACUGCUCUAAAAAGGAGGUCAUCAGCAAGAUAAGCCGCCACAAUUCAGGACUGGAAAAUUAGCUGGCGAAGCUCUCACACGGAGUCGUAAUAUAAUACAACAGCUCACAUUCUCUCUUCCGUUGAAGCGUUUGCAGCUACUUAAAUAAGCAGAUUUCCCGGGCAUCUAUGACUAGACGGGGUCUAACGCAUCUUACAGCUGACCGUUCCGAAAUACCGCCCUUUCAGCUCUGAACUGCGAAUCCUCACAAAAUCUCGCAAUCCCAAGAAGGCUAGCGCUUUCGAAGCCCGUCCUCCUCAGAAUACCAUACAAGAUUCCUUCGGAAGCCUUUCGUGAGAAAAGUCGGGGGAAAUUGUACCAAUUAUCAAUAUUCACCAAUUGUGAAAUACAACAUGGCUUCCAACAACGCUGCUUAUUCCAUCCUCCAUAGCGCCAGAUUGCCUGAUCGCACUGGCCCAACGGGAGAAAGAAGAAGAACGUUGCGCUAUAGAGCCCCGUCACCGCGUCGAGACAAGAGAAAUACCCGAGACAGGCUUCGCCAUACCGUAUGGAAGGCUAAAAAGUUCCUAUACCGAUAUGAUCACAUUGAAAGCAACCAAGUCCGCCUUAUGGCCCUGCAGCCCAGCCAAGAUCCUGAAGGAGACCUGUUUACAGAACUCGUCACGAUCCCUAUCGACAAGUUGAAGGAUUACCCCUAUGAAGCUCUUUCAUACCACUGGGGCGAAAGUCAAGCAGACAAUCCUAUCUACGUCCAUUCUGCGCACAAUGCGAUGGGAGAUAUGACUCACAUGAGCGACGUCGCGGCUAUGGUCUCCUUACACCUCUACGUCAAGGAUAACUUAUACGAAGCCUUGCGAUAUCUACGCGAUAAGAAUCAUGUAAUCCUCUUAUGGGCUGAUGGGCUGUGUAUGGACCAGGGCAACGAAGUCGAGAAAGGAGCUCAAGUGCCGAACAUGGCGACCAUUUAUUCCUGCGCAACGAGAGUGUGCGUAUGGUUAGGCCUGGCCGAUCGGCAUGGCAAAACCGAUAGAGCAAUGGAUUUCAUUCCGAAGGUCGUCACAGACGACAUAGAGUCUUUGAUCCAACCUGAUCUAGCUGAAUACUGGCGUGAUCUUAUAUUCUUGAUGAGAUGCAGCUGGUUCUCUCGGAGGUGGAUCAUACAAGAAUUAGCUCUGGCAAAGGAAGCCACAGUUCGCUGUGGUGCGAAGGAAGUGGAUUGGAGAGACUUCUCCGAUGCCAUUAGUCUCUUCGAUUUGAAUUUCCAGGAGAUUCGAAAGCUUUUUGCUGAUAAGUCUAAGGACUAUAAUGCGAUUACAGAGCUAGGGCCACUUGGAGCGAAGAUACUGGUAGACGAACUGAGCAACACAUUCCUCAGGGCUGCCGACCAGAGCCUUUUUGAACCUAUAAAGACCCUCGAGACUUUGGUGUCGACAUUGUCGACAUUUGAAACAACCGACCCGCGCGAUACUAUAUAUUCCUUUCUCAACAUUGCUAGAGACACAACCACUAAGUUUGGUGUCAAGGUUCCUUUGAGCCCGACAGCUGUUCAACCACCGACCCCUGAAUACACGCACGAUCUCCUGAUGGUAUACACUGACUUUGUCCGCUACGUAGUUGAUAGUAGCAAGUCACUUGACAUUCUAUGUCGUCAAUGGGCUUUACCCGAGAGAAAGGAACCGGCGAUCAUGUACGAGACACUGGUGGAACUUCCAUCGUGGAUCAAAACCGUCCCCGAGUCACCUUUUGGCAAGCAGGGAGAGGGAUUGAAUGGUCGAAAGAACGGUGAUAACUUUGUGGGAUUACCCAAUGCUAAAAUCUACAAUGCGUCCCGGAAUAAGCCACCAGAAGUCCGUUUUGGAAUGGAGAUGCAAGAGCCGAUGAGAUCGCCAGACUCCCCCGUAACUAAUGGCAUCACUACCGUACCAAGUCAGGUCGUGACGAAAGUAACACAUUGGAACGGCAAUCUGUCACCAAAUGGUAAACUUGAAUCACCAAACGGCCUCUCACCUACCGAAUCCCAUUUCUCAGAUGGUUUAAGUAGUGCAACAUCUACGUCAAGGCGGCCUAGCUUGCGAAUCAAUGGCCGACCUAGGACUCCUGCCGAAGAGCGCCAGAGGCUGAAAGAAAGGGAUUCAUCCAUCUACGUCAACGGAUUCAUCCUGAGCACUGUUUCAUGGAAGACGGAUCCUAUACCGGACGGCAUCAUCCCCCAAGGUGCGCUUCAGAGACUAGGAUGGUCAUGCGGCGAGGACGAAGUCUUCUCAGUCCCAGACAAAGUCUGGCGAACUCUGGUGGCUGAUCGCGGGCCAGAUGGAAAACCGCCUCCAAGUUGGUACCACCGAGCAUCUCUUCGGUGUCUAGUGCAGGAUACUCCGAACGGACAUAUUUCUACCAAGAACAUUCUGGAGCAGAACUCGACCGGGAUCAUGUAUGACUACAUCAAGCGAGUGCAAGCCGUGACCUGGAAUCGAGUCGUUCUUGAGGCGAUGGAUGAAAACAACCCGAACGAGAACCUGGUUGGCAUUGGGCCCCCGCUGACAGAGAUGGGUGACUUGAUCUGUAUAAUAUUUGGGUGUAGCGUGCCCUGCAUCAUCCGGCCUUGGAUGUUUGCUCCUCCAGGUCAAAGUUCCGAUAUAAACCUACGUAAACCUGACAUCAGCAAGGGAGAACAGCCUGACUACUAUGAGUUCAUUGGCGAAGCCUUUAUAUACGGAAAGAUGGAUGGACAGGCUGUUGACAGCAUCAGCCCAAAGAUGCUUCAGGAAAAGACCCAAGAGUUUCGCUUGCGGUGAAGUACUAGAUAAUGUAUGAUCCAUCGUAGAUUCUCCGAUAGGUAUUCAAAUAUUCACUCAUUCAUUUCGCUAAGUAGUAAACCAGGUAGAAAUCAAUAUCUCAAGAAAACAAGCGUUAUUAAUGACUAUCUCCUUGGGUAGCAAACAGCCACAAGCUUCCAUUUAUUUUACUAAGGGGGUUUACUGGACAUCCGAACGGAACAUAC